AUCUCAAACUCCAAUACAAAAACUGGUCUCCUCCCUGAAUCAAUUGAUUAGUUUUCACAGGUGCUAAAUUAUUUAUUUAUUUUUUUUAAUUUUAUGGUCCGAUCGUUAGUUGAAAUCGAACUUUAUCGUUGGGAGGUAUUAGGUUUUUGGAUAAUAUUCUAACAGGGAAGAUCUAGCGUUUUGAAUACUCGGGAGAAUCAACCAUGUUUAAUCGGCUUUUUGGGAAACCUAAACAGGAAACCAAUGCUUUAACCACGCUUGAGAAGUUAAAUGAGACUCUUGAAAUGCUUGAGAAAAAGGAGAAAGUACUCCUGAAAAAAGCUUCUACCGAGGUUGAAAGGGCCAAGGAAUACUCCAAAGCAAAGAACAAGAGAGCUGCUAUACAAUGUUUGAAGCGGAAGAGGCUGUAUGAACAGCAGAUAGAGCAGCUUGGGAAUUUUCAAUUGCGCAUUCAUGAUCAGAUGAUUUUGUUAGAGGGUGCUAAAGCCACAACUGAGACUGUAGAUGCAUUGAGGACAGGAGCAGCUGCAAUGAAGGCAAUGCAGAAAGCAACGAAUAUCGAUGAUGUGGACAAGACCAUGGAUGAGAUCAAUGAGCAGACUGAGAACAUGAAACAGAUCCAGGAAGCAUUGUCAACUCCUAUUGGUGCAGCUGCAGAUUUUGAUGAGGAUGAGUUGGAAGCAGAGCUUGAAGAACUGGAAGGUGCAGAGUUGGAAGAACAGCUCCUUCAGCCUGCAACCACAGCUCCAGCAGCUCCAGUGGUAGCUCCUGCUGGCAGGCAACAAAAUCGCCCUGCUCCACAGAAGCGGACAGCUGAGGAAGAUGAACUAGCUGCCUUACAAGCUGAGAUGGCACUUUAAGCAGGUGUUCUUGUUGCCUAGAUAUGAAGAGAAUUCAUUAAACAUUGGCCAUAUUUAUUCUAUAUGGAGACAUAUGCUCUAUUCCAGUUCUGCAUCUGGAUUUCUUGUGCAUUCAAUGAAUAGACUGUAUAUAAGAUUUGGAUCACCUAAAUGAAGUCUCAUUCAUUAUAUGAAUUAUGCUUUUUUUAAACUUUUAAA